AUGGGUGAGCAGGUGCUGCGUCUCGCGGAGGAAGUGCUGCGGCUGGAGCGGGAGCUGGCCCAGCAGCGGCAGCUGCGUGCGCACCAGGCACAGCGCGCACACGCGCAGGCACAGGCGGUGCGCCUCUGGGUCGCCCAGCGCCUCAGGCAGCUCGAGGAGCACAACACCCGACUGCAGGAGCAGAAUGAGCGGUGCAACGAGCAGCUGGAAGAACUGAGACGGCGACUUGCGCAGCUGAGCGAGCAGCUAGCGACCAGUGCCCCGCCCGACGACGACGAAGCUCCGCCCGCCUACACGGCUGCUGUCCUGCACCCCACGAGUUGUCCGGGAGUGCGGUUGGAGCGCAAGCGUUUCCGGGAGGUCACCACACUCUCCUCGUGCAGUUCCAUGGCCUCGCCCGAGGAAGACGGCACGGCCCACAAGGGGUGGCCAAGUCCAGCGCUCGAACGGUGUCGACGAGGCGUAGUAGCUCCGGAUGAGGAGUUGCACGACUACGCCGAGAUAUACACCCCGAGCCGGGAAGAGGGACCUGCGGUUCCGGGGAGUGACACUGGGCGGCCCCCUACACCCCCAAGACACCGUUUCCCAUCUUGGGAAUCUCGCAUCUAUGAGGUUGCGGCCAACGGCAUCAUCCAGUCACUCCACUCGGGCACUUCAGGUGCCUCGAGCCUGGAAGGUACCCUGCCUGGCAGCCGCCUCCACAGUGCCUUCUCCGAGCUCAGCGUGCCUGUCUAUGCCGCUGUCAAAGGGCGAGCUUCGCAGAUUCGGUCAAUGCCUUUCACGGGAGAGUCAUCGGAUUCGUCGGACAACGAGGAUACCAGUCGGACGCCCCUUAGCGGAUCCAGUGACCGAUCCCCGAAGGCUGUUGGCGUGCGCAGAGCCUUCACUAGUACGCUACAUACAUAUCUCAAACAUGCAAUCCCGACUCUCACCCACGCAGAGACUUCGGCCGAGUCACUGCUGUCGGAUGAUUAUGCAGUCCCUCCAGAUGCAGUGUCCACCACUGCCGACACCCUGAGCCUAGACUCCCUCGAACCGCACCCGCCGGUGGUCUCCAGGGGCACCCAGGAGAGCCUUUAUCCCGCCCUACCUGAGCCAGCCGAGAAGAGCGGCUACCUGACCAAGCUUGGGGGCAAGCUCAAGACCUGGAAGCGCCGCUGGUUUGUUCUGGCCAAUGGGACGCUGCGAUACUACAAGGCACAGAGUGACGUUGGCCGCAAACCGAGGGGCCAGAUUGCCCUGGAUGAGGUCUGCCGGGUCACUCGGGCUCACGGCGCCACCACCUUUGAGAUAGCGACAGACAAGCGGUCCUUCUACCUAACAGCCGACUGCACAUCCACCAUGGAAGAGUGGGUACGAGUGCUGCAGCAGGUACUGCGCAACCGACAGUUGGGCAGUAGCCACGGCGCGGGUGAAGCUGGCCGGCCCACAGUGGAUGGCUGGGUGACCAAGGUCAAGCACGGCCAUGCCCGCCGCUGCUGGGGUGCCCUCAUUGGUCGCACUUUCUUCUACUAUCGGGCCCCGGACGACACGAACCCCCUGGGACAGAUUCCGCUGCGUGAUGCCCGGGUGGAGGAAGUUCUCCACCUGUCCGAUAGUGACGACGAUGAAGCGGCCGCAGACAAGAGUGAGCGAAGUGGCACGCACAACACUCAGCAGCAACAACAGCAGCAGCAGCAGCAGUUCACAGUAGCCCUGCUUCCACGGAACCAGUCACCCACGUACCUUCUGUUCCCCACCAGGCAAGAAAUGGAUGCCUGGCUUUAUCACUUGACGGUCGUGUCUUCGGGAGAGAACGCGUCGGGUAGCCAAUACGAGCAGCUCAUCAGCCGGCUGCUCGAAGUGGACGGGGACCCAGGGAGCGUGGUGUGGAGGCACCCCUUACUGCUUCACAGCAAGGAACCCUUGAGCCAGCCCCUGACCAGCCUGGCCUCCGAGGAGCUGCAGUCGCAGGCCCUGCGGCUGUUCAAGUCAGUUCAGCUGUUCAUGGGCGUUCCCCUGGAAGCGUCUGGCAUCGACUACCACGUGGCCCUGGCCCAGAAUUCUCUGGCCCAAUGCCUCUCGUGCCCUGCACUCCAGAACGAGCUCUUCUGCCAACUCAUCAAGCAGACCUCACCGCUGCCAGGGGGACACAGGCUUGCCGGAGUGCAGCAGCUGCUGCUGUGUGCCACCCAGUCGCUGUUCCUGUGUGACUCUUCCUCUGAGAAGGGCUCGCCGACAACUGACAAGGCUGGUGGAACACCGCCUCCUCCGGCCCCGGCACCGCUAUGCCAUCAGGUGCCACCACCCCCGUCCCAGCAGCCGGCUGACUGGGUUCUCGUGCAGGGAUGGCAACUGCUCUCUCUCGCAGUGGCGCUCUUCCCGCCUCGCAACAGGACCCGGUGGCUUUUGAGGAAGCACCUCCUGCGGCAUGCGGACUCAAGGAGUGAGCCAGGCCAGUAUGCGUCGUUCUGCGGCCGAGCCCUGGAGCGUGCGUUGAAGGCUGGCAGCCCCCGGGAGUGCCGUCCCUCGCGCAUGGAAGUCCUUAGCAUACUGCAGCGCAACCCAUUUCAUCACUCCCUGCCACACUCCAUUCCCGUUCACUUCCUCAACGGCACCUAUCUGGUUGUUGGCUUCGACGGCUCCACCACGGUGGACGAGUUCAUCGGGACAUUGACCCAGGAAGCCGGCAUGCGUGACCCGAGUCAGUCAGGCUUUGCUCUCUACAGCGAUGACCCCAUUGACAAGGGCGUCCAGCACUGCCUCAACCUCUCCACCCAGAAGGGGGACUCCUUGCUGGCGGACGAAGGUUACCAAUGUGGCACUCUCAAGCUGUGCGAUGUGAUCUCUCGUUGGGAACAGGCCCUUCGGGAGCGCCAUCUGGGCAAAGUGGAGAACACACGAGUUAUCUGUCUCACCUUCAAGAACAGGUUGUUCCUGCGCCAGCACCAGAAGGCGGAGACGGAACGGGAGCGGCUGCUCACCUGCUACGCCCUGCACAGAGAGCUCAUGCAGGGGCGCUUCCCUCUGACGCACGAGAUGGCCCUCGAGAUGGCUGCCCUCAUGGCGCAGAUCGAGUAUGGUGACCACUCGGGCGAGCGGGUGCGGUCCAGACCCCAACUGCUGCAGCAGGCCCUGGAACGUUUCCUGCCCCAGCAGUUCCUGCUGCCAGACAAUAAGUGGGUUCAACAGGACAGCCUCGGGGAGAGGUGGGCAGCCCUCCGGGGCAGGCCCGCACAGGACUGUGUGCGCAUCUACCUCAACUGCGUUCGCAAGUGGCCUUUGUGCGGCGCCAGGCUUUACGCGGUUAAGAUGAAGAGCAAAGAACAGCAGAGCCUGUGGCUAGCUGUGUCUGAGGACGGUAUCAGCUUGCUGGACUGUGUAACUCUGCAACCAUGGGUGCAACAUCCGUACUCGAGCGUCAUGACAUUUGGCGGCUGCCAGGAGGACUUCAUGCUCGUCGUCUGCCCGGAGGCCGGGGAGCCCUGCACGGAGCGUCUGCUUUUGCCAUGCCCAAGGCACAGCACUAGUAGCGCUAUGGAAGGAGUUCUAGAGGUCACUCUCCUGGUAGCCGACUACAUGAACGCACUAGGUGCCACAGGUGCUAGUGUGGCACCCUCUCCGGGCGGCAGCCUCGUGGUGGGAAGUGCGCGGAGCCGGCUCAACAUGAACCCGUGCUCCGCGACCUCCUCGCCCGCGCUGUCCACUGCCUCGUCGCGACGACCCCUGCUGCCGACCCCCGACUCCUGACGGUCGCCGUCCACCACGCCCCGACACAGGCCCGACUCCUCUGCGACGAGCACAGGUGGCGCCGCCGUCACUGCCUCACCGCGCAGUGGCAGAGCCACCUGGAAGUGAGGAGCAUCGCCAAACAGUCAGGGACGUGGUGCAACUGCCUUCUUUCCCUUGUAAAAGGCAAAGGCCCGUGCAAGAGCCUUGCCUGUUAGCUGGUGCUCGUACAUUUCGACAUUGAAGAGAAAACUGCACAUGUGGCCAAAUUGCAUCGUGCUGCAAAGUGAAGUUAAGCGAGAGGGAUUCUGUAAGACGCACGUGCCAUCUGACAUAUUCAACACCGAGUGCGAUUUCCCGUGCGAUCUCAUCUUCUACAACUAGUCAUACUGACAACAACAUCCCGCUAGAUUUUUUAACUGGUUCCAAUGAGUAGCAGCAGUCAUAAGAGCCAUGUUUCACGACCGUGUGCCAUUCAGAACAUGACAUCGCCCCUUCCAUGCUCUGUGUUAUCUGCUACCUACGAAACUGAUGGGCAUGCACAAUCCACGGCAAACAAUGUGCUACGGUGUUAGCCAAGACUGCUCCCUACAGUCUACGUACUAGUGCAGCUCCAGGUAUCCAAAGAGGUUCAGGCCUGUGUGCCAAUGCAACUGCGUGCAUUGCUUUUCUCGUCAACCAUCCCUCACCUCGAGGAUCGUGCCAAGAUGUGCCACAUGACUUGUUGCCAAGUGCUCAAAAAUGUUCGCACUAUGUGUUGCUGCUCAGUAGGGCCUGCUCGUAUCGUAGUGACUGCUAUAAGAAAAAAAUCUGCUGCGGUGGAGUGAUAUUAAUUUGUUUUGUUCAAAUCUGGAGACUUGCCCUUGCCCCCAUCCCAGUGUUAUGUCAGAGAACAACGGUAAUGUUUGGUGUAGGUAGUCCAAGCUUGAGUGUUCAGUGGCAUUGGAUAAUAAGGCAUGUAUGGAAAGAGCAGACAACAUGAUGCUGUUCGUGGAAUACCUUAGCAAGAGUUCUUGCGAUUACACGUACAGGAAAGCAGCUCUAGUGCGUGGUGCUACAAGAAUGGGAAUGCUGGGAAGGGUAAGAGGGGAUGUAGACGAAGUGUGGACGCUUCGCUUGCUUCUUUCUUGCUCCUCCCUUUUUGACGGAAUGUAUUUUGUGCCACAGUCAAUUUCCGCAACUUAAGCACCAACCUGCCCGAAAAGAAGUCAUUUUGGAUGUAGACGACACCUUUAAAAGGACACUAAAGGCAACUAUUAAGCCGACGUUGAUUGUUGAAAUAGCUGUCCAGAAACCUCGUAGUGUUACUUUUGUGCUAAGGAAUUGCUUAUUUUGAUAUAACAUCAUGUUUUAGUGGUCCGCAUUGGGUUAGCGCACAUUAAAUUACCCGCCGGACCGUCUCAUGCCACUAUUGUCAUGGACUACGCUGUCCGUCUUUACUGCGCGGCCCCCCACACAUUUAGCAGCAGAACGAAAGCAGCGUAGUCACAGCAGCAGCAACGACCGCCAUUGAUCAAUUUUCUGCCAUUGACUCCGAGAUGGCAGACGUGUUUUGGUUUAACUGAGCCCCGCUAGAUGGCACGACUUGUCCAGUUUAAUCAGGCAAAAAUUGAAUGUUUAAACCAUUUGCGCCAUUUUUCAAUAAUAACGUUCAGCGGUUCUUUUUUCCAUGAAUCAAACAGAAACGAACAAGCAGCAUUUUAUUACGCCUCUUUAUGCGCAGAAGGUUCUUUAUUUAGUGCAGCUAGUUCGAUUACUAGUGAUUAUUCGUAGACGGUUCGUCCCACGUCAUCGAGAUCAUUUUGAGAACGUGCUAUCGUAGCGCAUGUUUUCACGUGCAUUUACCCUAAUUUCUCGGCAAGUAGGGCACUGCUGUUGAUAUUGUCGUUUUAGACAAUGUCAUACAUCAAGCUUUCACUCUCACAUAAAUUGUUAUUUGAUUUUAGUGUACCUUUAAAAAGACACUCCAUCAAACCAGGGGCGUCCAUCAAACAGCAUUCCAUUCCUUGCAGCAUUCUAGUGUCGACGAACGUCACUUGUAAGCUGCUGCUUUUUCCAUGUGAUUAAGCUCAAUAGUACUAAUUUUUCUCUAAAUUACAAGCACCCGUACUGGUCUGUUUCUUUACAUCAAAUGUAAACACUGACAUAAACAAUUGAAGUAAAGAAAAAUUGGAACAUCUUGCUAUCACACCUUUACUUUAGUUACAUGUUCAGUUGUGUGAAAAAGGCGUUAGCUAGUGUACUGAUGAAGAAUGAUUGUUUUUAUAAAUGUUCUAUUUUUGAGGAAGCUUUAUUAUAGUAUGCACAGAUGCGGCCAUUUCUUGGCCAAGUCAUGUUCGAAGAUAGCCGUGCACUUCCCCUUGUGGUCCCACAGUGUGAUAUUGCUGGAGUAACUCUCAUCUGAAGUGGUAAUAAUGAUUGUUGACAGCUCACAUCCCGAAAAAACGAUGAGUUAUCAGAGAUGCCACGGUAGAGGGUUAUGGAAAUUUUGAUUGCUUGCGUUUUUUUAUGCGCGCCACUGUCUAGUAAGCACGCAAGCCACCAGCUUUUCAGCUCCGUCAAUAAGUGGCCAUUGCGGCCGGGAUUGAAUCCCACAUCUUUCAGGUCUCUGUAGACAAGCACCUAGACAACCAUGGUGGAUGCAUGAGCAGCGGUGUUGUCUAGCAGAAACCUUACUGCUUUACAAGUUUAGUGAUUGGCCAGUCCAAUGCAUACUCUGUAGAGGUAAGAGCAAAAAAUGUUCUCCUCACAGCAACUGUUUCGUAGAGGAUUUUUUGAAGUGGCAUGCACAUUUACCGGCCCCUCUAUCUUGGCAUCAUGUCUUUUGCUUUCGAUAUGAAUCACUGCCCUUAGUUGUCAUCUUAGUUGUGAUUUGUUAGUGUGUUGGCCGUACUCGUUUUCCAUAUAGUGAAAGCACUGUUCGAGCCAAUACCAGGCAGAAAAA